UUUUUUCAUGAAAUAAAAUUUUAGAAAAUUUUUUAAAACAAGUUAAAGAAUCAUAAUGAUUCCAUCAUUCCUCAUCCUAAUCAUCUUAAGUGUAUGUCAACUGACUCUUCAAGCUUCACCAUUCUCAUUACAGCCUGCUGUCGAUGCUUUGAACGAUAGAGAGGCACAAUUAGCUUUAAGAGAUGAAAUUGAAAAUGGAAUUGUUGGUGACUUUGCUGGAAAUGAUGAAUUCGAACCAAGUAAUGAUUAUGAUCUCGAACGUGGUCAGCAUAUACCAAACAAAGCAUUGGCAAGAUAUUUGGCACGUUCCAACGCAGAUUAUGAUGAAAAUUUUCUCGACUACAAGAAACGGCCUAUGUUAAGAAAAAGAGAUCCAUCCGUAUUUCGUGAACGAACUCGUAUGCCAACAUACCGACAGCAACAAGCUGAAUUGUCUGAGAGGUUUUUGAAAGCUAUCGAAGAAGAACGCGAACGUGAGCGUGCUGAAGAUUAUCGCGAACAAUUAAAGGACUUAUGGAACCGCUACCAAAAAGAAGAAGACAAUAUGGAAAAAGAGCUUUUUAACGAAAAUGGAAAUGAUGUUGAGACUGACUACGCUGUAAAUUUCGAAGAUCCAUCUCGCAAGAAGAAAAGACAGAGAGGCGAAGCUGAAAUUGCUCCAUCCAAUUGGAAUGAUAAGCGUUCAAUGCCACUUUUACCAUGGCUCCCAGCACAGCGAAAGAAGCGUUUUCCAGUAACAAAGAGAUCACCAAAGAUGAAUGAAAGUGAAAUGGCAAGAGUUGUGGCAGAGACAAGUGAUAAAGUUUCAAAAGAUUUGCAGGGAAUCUUUGGUGGUGUCGUUGACAGUAAAGCAAUGCAAGAGGAUGAUAAGAAGAAAAAGAAGAGAUCAAGCGAUGAAAUGAUGUCUCAAAUGCAUCCAGAAAAGGAACAUGGAGAAAAAGUUGAAAAGGAAAAGGUGUCACCAGCAUCUGUACAUCAUGAUGACAUGAAUAAGAAAAAGCGAAUUGUCAAACGAUAUGAUGACUCUGGUGAGGAAGAAGAAACAAGCGAGGAAGUUGAAGACGAACGAGAAGAACCUGGCAGUGAAGAAAAUGACGACGAAGACGAUUCAAAAAAGAAAAGAAAGAAGAAACGUGAAGUCAAAAAGAGCUUAGAUGACUGGGAGGUUCAAGCAUUUCCUGAUAAGAAAAGUCUAAAAAAGAAGUCUGUUGAAUGGUCGAGUUUAUUCGGAUAUGACAGAAAGAAGAAGUCAAUGAUGUACAACCCAUUUAGAUAUGCUGAUCAAGAAGACCGUCGCAGAAAGAGAUACGAAUCAGAUGAUGAUGAAGACGAGGACUAUCAUGAAGGAGAUGAGAAUGAUUCCGACGAUACAGAUGACGAUAAAAGAAAGAAAAAGCGGUCACCAGGAGAGGAAAGAUUAAAUGCCAUGGAUAGAAAGUUAAAGACGAUUGAAAAUCUUAUUAUUGAGGACACGGCAAAAAUGUAUAGGCAUCAAAAUGAAAACCUCAAUCCAUCAGAAGCUAAACAGAGUCAGAAGGAAAUUGCAGAUCGUUUGGCCACAGCAUAUAGCUUAGAAAAAAUGAGAAAAGCAAUUGCAAAACUAAAGGCAUCAAUGGAAUUUCAAAAGGGACUAGAAGAGAAUCUUUUGGGUAAAGAUGACGAAGAUGAUGAGGAAGCUAAGAAGAGGAAAGCCAAACGUGUCGCUAUUAAGAAGGAAAAGGCAGAAUUCGAUAACAACGAACAUGAAAUCGAGUCACCGAUGAAGAAAACAAACGAUGAAGACAAGAACAAUAUAGAUGAUGAUAAUGACGAUAAGAAAAAGAAGAAAAAGAAGCGAUCUCAGAAAAGGAACAACGAAAUAAGUGCAGAACCACUAAUGUCUGAGGGUUAUAUGGGUGGUAUGGGUAUGAUGUAUCAACGUGAAUGUCCUAUGUUAGAUUCUAUUGAGCGAAGAUGCCGAGAAGUGGGAAUAUUAAGCGGUGAUUCACAUCAGAAUUUGUUAGAGGCUUGUGGUGAACAUCAAUUAUGUUAUCUUUGCGGGGAUUCAAGAGCUCAAUGUGACUACAAAUAUCAGUUUGACUCUAAUGAGAUUUGUGGAUAUAAUUCAAAAUGCAAAAUAAAUGCUGAACGUUCAAUGGAGGCACUACGUAGUUUCCCUGGAAUGAAAGUCGGACCAAGAGAAUGCAUUCGUGAUCCAUGUCUGUAUUCUGCAUUACGCUCGAUUGAAAAUUAAGAGAAAAAUUUUACAAAGUUAUUUCCAUUUAUGAAAUAUGAAGAAAUAAGUCAUAUAUUUAUGAUACAUAUACAAUACAAAAAAAAAAUCUGACAUCUUUAAGAGAUAUACUGAUGAAUGCAGCUGGAGAAUUUUUUUAUUUCUAAUGAAAAGUAUGUGACUGAUAGGGAGGAAUAGAAUCUAUAUAUUUUUGCAUAUUCUCCUUUCUUUUUUCUAACGAAGAAUGUGCAAUGACAAGCAUUGCUGAAUGUCCUUAUCUACACACCCAUGAUGAUGAUUGUAGCGUUAAGAAAUAAUAUGAAAAAAUGUUUUUUUGAUGUAAAACUUAAUGUUGAUCAUAAAAGAAAGUUCUUUAACUCUAUAAAUUGUGCUCUAAAUACAAUACAUCAUGAAUAAUAAUAAUAAUAAUAAUAUUAAUAAUGAUACACAAGAUAAGUUAAACCAUGUAUUUUUCUUGAUGAUUCAGAAUUUUUCUCGACAAUAACUAAGGUGGAAAAUUGUUGGUAAAUUUUACGAUUUUUCUUAUGAUUUGAGAUUUAUAAAUUUUAAUUAAUUUCAAUCAUUGAAUUCCUAGCUGGAAAUGAGCACAAACACCAGGCUUCUUAGCAUCAUAUGUUGGGUAAAUAGCAUUGUCUAGGUCUCGUGUUUGUGAUUACUGCCGGCUAGGAUUAAUUUACAUGAAACCAAAAAUAUGGAAGUUAAGAAAUAAUAAAAUGAUCAUGAUACAAAAUAAUCAGGUUAAAACUACCAAAACUAAACCAACCAGAUACAUACAUUGCUUAAAUGAUAAUGACUAAAUGUGAAUGAUAAAAAAAAUGUGUAAGACAUUUAAAUUUAAUAAAUUAUAUUGAAUCACACAUCAUAAACACUAUUGUACUUGUGAAAACUUCUUUGUUGAAAAAUAAUAAAACUAG